AAAUUUUCCUCUCUGUUAUCAUUAUUUAAAUUUAAAAUGUUGAGGUUGCAAGUAAAAUCAUUUAAAUAUUGUUUUCAUAAAUUAAUCCAAACCGACCGACGCGGGAGAAUGUUGGGAUUGGUCUCGCGUACGAAUUCUUCCACGUGUUUUUUUUUUUUUUAAAAUUUUCCAAAUUAAUUAAGACGAAAAAAUGUGUGGAAGUAGGUGUAAGUCAAGUGGUCAAGCUUUUGAAUGCAAAGUUUUGUCUGGGAAAGCAAAUUCGGACCGGAACUCUUUGUUGGAUUUGGGUGUCAGAUAAAAGUUACACAUCAAUCAAAUUAUCUUCCCGGUUCCCUCAACCAAGUCCAUUAUCUGUGAGUAAUGAGUGUGAAGAAAUUCCUACCGUUACACGCUUUAAUUCUGGUAGGUUUCCUGGAUCUUGUUUCUCUUCUUGAAUUUGAUUUGAUUUUGUGUUUGUUGGAUUUUGCCUUUUUUUUUUGGGGAGGAUUGGUAGAGGGUGAUGUGGGUAUGGUUGAAUUCAGAGUGUUCGUAGCAAUUUGAUUUAUGCUUGUAUUGAGUUCUGAUUGGAAUUCAGCUCAAAGGUGUUUUUGUGUUGAUGGGAAGAGAAAUAAGGGAACAGUGUUUCCAAUGUUGGUGGAUGUUUUGAAGGGAUUUUGCUUAAUUCUAUGAGUUUAGCAUGAUCUUGGCGGAUUUUCUGUUAUUUUUAUAGGAUGAUAGAGUUUGUUUCAGAAUCUUCUUUUCCUCUUUUAACAUGGAUCACAGUGCUUGGGAGAGUAUCACUAAAUUAUGUUUCCUGUGUAAUUGUAUGUAAUAAUGUCAGUCAAUGCUGCGGCUGGAGCUAAAAGAUAGUUUUUAACCUUGUCCUGAUGAUUAUAAAAUCAUUUGGAGUUU